AUGGCUGCGCAGAUCCGUGCUUGCGUCCUUUUGGCUCUCGCCACCAACGCUUUCGCUGGCUACGCCGGCUACGGCCACGGCUAUGGCCUCGGCUACGGCGGCUACGGUCUUGGCUACGGUCUUGGCUACGGCGGCUUGGGCUACGGUGGCUUCGGCUAUGGCCUUGGCUACGGCGCCUACGCCCCAGCUGUGGCCCACGUCGCCCACGCUGCCCCAGCUGUCGCCACUUACGUCACUGCUCCAGCUGUGAGCAAGGUCGCCACCACCUACCACGCCCCAGCUGUGACCACUGUGGCCCCCGCCCCAGUGGCCACCUACGCCGCUGCCUACCACGCCCCAGCUGUGGCCACCGUCGCUCACGCCCCACUCGCCACCUAUGCCGCUGCCCCAGCUGUUGCCACCACCACCGUCCACCAUGCCCCAGCUGUCGCCACCGUUGCUCACGCUGUCCCAGCUCUCGCUGCCUACCACGCUGCCCCAGUCUACGGCUAUGGCGUUGGCACCCUCGGCUACGGCGCUGGCCACUACGGUUACGGCCACGGUCUCCUCGGCUAUGGCCUGAACUACGGCUACGGUCUUGGCUCUCCCUACCAUUACGGUGCUCUGCUCCGCAAGAAGAAGUAAACCAAUCAACUCUAUUUAUUUGAAGGAGGAAAAGAAGGCAAAUCGUAAACACCCACUUCGGUGUCGCUCCAGGCAUCAGCUAAGACUGUUAAAAUGGAUGAAUAAAAUUGGUCCGCCC